UAGGCUCACGUGAGAGCGGCGCUUCUGCUUUCCACCACCACUCAGGAAGACUGUUCGCAGUGGAGCGCGAGGCGCUGUACGCGUGUCGGCACUUUGAAUUGCAAUCGUCGCAGGCAGAGAGGAAGGUGACCCUCAAACUCGGGUGCACAGAUGUGUUGGGAGCAGACAUGAACGCCUCUGGAGCCGAGAGCAGAGCCCACUCAGGAUGUAACCACGACAUGAGCGAGUGGGAGGAGCACAUGGAGAAGAUGUACAGCUACUUCUACCUGCUGCUCUUCGUCCCAGGACUCCUGCUCAACACCACCGCUCUGUGGGUGCUGUGGAGACACAUCAGCAAGAAGUCCAAGACGGUGAUCUUCAUGAUGAACUUGGCCUUGGCAGACCUGGUGCACACGCUCUCUCUCCCUCUGAGGAUUUACUACUAUUUCACUCACUCCUGGCCCUUCGGGAGCGGCCUGUGCUUGUUCUGCUUCUACCUGAAGUACCUCAACAUGUACGCCGCCAUCUCCUUCCUGGUGUGCAUCAGUGUGCAGAGGUGCUGCUUCCUCCUGGACCCGUUCCUGGCCCGCAGAUGGAGGCGGCGCUCUGACCUGGUGAUCAGCGCUGUGGUGUGGGCAGUGGUGGGCCUCAGCUGCUCGCCCUUCAUCUUGAUGCGGAGCGGCGCCUCCAACACCUCUGAUGCGCAGCAUGUGAGCGAGCUGAGGGACUCCGUGGAGGGAAGCGCUCCACCCCCAUUGGCCUCCUCUCCCAAACCCAGCUGCUUUAAAGACCUGCCCAUGCGUCGUCCCUCCACCGCGUUGCUGGUCAGCAUGGUGGCUCUGGCUGAGGUCUUUGGCUUCCUGCUUCCUCUGCUGUGCAUCGUCUACUCCUCCGUCCGCAUCAGGCGCUCCCUCGCGGUCCAGCAGAACCACGCAGCUCUCCAGCCCAAGAACCUGAAGCACUCCGACGGCGAGAAGAGCCGUGCGCUGAAGAUGGUGCUGAGCUGCUCCCUGGUCUUCCUGCUCUGCUUCGCCCCCUACCACAUCAACUUCCUGCUCUACAUGAUGGUGCAGCAGGGCAUCCUGAGCCACUGUCCCACCAGGCUGGCCGUGCUGCAGGUCCACCCGGUGUCUCUGUGCCUGGCCAGCCUCAGCUGCUGCCUCAACCCUCUGCUCUAUUACUUCCUGACCGCGGAGUUCCGGCUCCACAUCCGGAGUCGCACCUCUUCCUUCUCCAGCUCGCUGAUGUCCUCCCCCAUGAGCCAGAGGCCGCGGCCGGAGGACAGCAGAGACGCUCCCAGGUGAACCACACACCCACCGCUUGUAUCGCCACAGCAGUCCGGCCAUGUUUGAAGUUUAGCCACCCAAACGCUGAACUUGGUUUUUGUCAGAGAAGCUAAAUACUGACACCUUGAAAGGCAUUUUAUUGGCUCUGUAGGCGAUUAUUAUUGUUUCUAUUUGGCUCCUCUUGUAGCAUCAUGCCAUUGAGCGGAUGAGAGCAAAAAUAAAAACACAAUGUGAGGAUGUUUACUUUAAAUUAAAAAUGGCUGUUUACGACCAAUAAAA